AUGCUGACUCCGUCUUCGCCUGCAUCUGAUGCGGCUAUAAAGAUAGAGGCCGAGUCAAACUCCAAUGGUGAUGAACUGACUGCUCUAUACACUGUGGAUGACAUCUUUAUAGGUUGUAAGAUAUACGCUUCUAAAGAUGGAGACUUUCGAUUAGCAGAGAUUUUACAGAUACAUACCAAGAAAGGAAAGAAGGUGUUCUAUGUCCAUUUCCAGGAUUAUAACAAGAGAUUGGAUGAAUGGAUAGGAAGUGAUCGUAUAAACUUCAGUAAGGCCUUGAUACUACCUGAGCUCAAGGUUGAGAAAGAAGAGAAGAAAGAAAAGAAGUCCAAACUGAAGAAUUCCAAGAAUAAUUCUAAGAAUGAUAAACUGAAACAAGGCAAAGUCAGUGGGACUGCUACACCAUCGACUCCGGGUCAAGGGAAUACGGAGAUGUUAGAUUUGGAUAAUUUAAAUGUUCAAGGACUUAAAAGACCGGGUGAAGAGGUUAGUAGAGAAGAUGAAAUUAAAAAACUUCGGACUAGUGGAUCCAUGACUCAGAAUCAUCUGGAAGUUUCAAGAGUUAGAAACUUGGAUAGAAUCAUUUUAGGAGAACACAUUAUAGAACCAUGGUAUUUUUCUCCUUAUCCAGUUGAAUUAACUGAAGAAGAUGAUAUAUAUAUAUGUGAUUUUACAUUAUCAUAUUUUGGGUCUAGAAAGCAAUUUGAAAGAUUUAGAAAAAAGUGUUCUUUAAGACAUCCUCCGGGCAAUGAAAUAUAUCGAGAUUCCAGAGUGAGUUUCUGGGAAAUAGAUGGUAGAAAGCAACGUACCUGGUGUCGUAAUCUAUGCUUGUUAUCUAAACUAUUUCUUGAUCAUAAAACAUUAUAUUAUGAUGUUGAUCCGUUUUUGUUUUAUGUCAUGACUGUUAAAUCUUCUGAAGGUCAUCACAUAGUUGGAUAUUUUUCAAAGGAAAAGGAAAGUGCAGAUGGUUAUAAUGUUGCUUGUAUUUUAACCUUGCCUUGCUAUCAGAAGAAAGGUUAUGGUAAACUAUUGAUCCAGUUUUCGUAUAUGCUUUCAUACGUUGAGAAUAAAGUGGGUUCACCUGAAAAACCAUUAUCUGAUUUGGGGUUAUUGUCAUAUAGAGCUUUCUGGACAGACACAUUGGUCAAACUAUUGGUUGAACGGAACAGUCCUCAUUUAAUGCUAAAGAAUAAUCCAAAGGGCAAUUCCAUAGCAUCAUCAUCAUCAACUGCUUCAAAAGGGAAUAAUAAUGAGAUUACUAUAGAUGAGAUCUCAAGCAUGACAUGCAUGACAACUACAGAUAUCUUACAUACGUUGACGACGCUACAAAUGCUAAGGUAUUAUAAGGGCCAACAUAUCAUUGUAUUGACAGAAAAGAUCAUGGAUCUCUAUGAAAAGUUGGUAAAGAAGAUAAAGGAAAAGAAGAAGCAUGAACUUGAACCUUCACGACUUCAAUGGACACCUCCAUCGUUCACUGCAAGUCAACUUCGGUUUGGGUGGUAA